CCUGAACGUAACCUUCAGUCUGGACCCCGACCCCGACCUCAUUCAAGCAACGCAACGAAGAAGCAAGCAAAUUUUUGGACCCUCCAGGCAAACUUUCUCCAUCUGUUUUCUUGUCAUUCAGUUCAGCUUACAUCUUGAUUUGUUCUUAGCGGGCUCUACGUGACAUUCUCGCUGUACGCUCAUAGAGCUGUCGUCAUCGGAACGAGCAACGAGAACGACAAGCGACCGUGCUGGCCUCGGUCUCUUUGUCGUGUUGAUUGUCAACGAAGCAUUUGACAUUGUCUACCUCUCUAGCUGGCAGGACGCCCGUCUGUCCGUCAUCCCCCCAACUUGGGUAAUAGACUGAUAGAUAGGUAAGUAGGUGACCAUCGGCAUUAGGUCUCUCUCAACUCGCUCCCGAAACCCCUCCCUCGAUUGGAACCUCCCGUCGGACUCCCAUCGGACCGGAGAUCGCUCCAUCUGCCUCAGACCAGAGUCGCUUUCUCUGCUCCAGGGCGACUGACAGCAAGUUUCUCGUUGGACGCCGCCAGGAUGAUGAGCGCGCGUGCUGUAGCACCCCAUUGGAUCUAAACGCACCGACAAGCUCCGCCAUCUCCGGCAACGACGGCCCUCCGUCACUGUGCCUUGCCCUGCUUUCUGCUUCGUUCUCUCCUACCUUACCCUCAAGCUUUUGCAUCCCGUCAACUGCCGAGCGCGAAAAAUCCCACCUUGGACCCCGAAUCCUCGAUUGCUUUGUACUCUUUCUUUUUUUCUGUUCCGUAGCCCUGCGAUCGCUUCCCAGUAUCUCAACAUUAUCCUCUUGCCGACCAUAUCGUCGUGUGGCGCUCCACCCUGCCGCCAUACACUACCUGGUCCGCCCCGCGCACUGAAGCUUGUUGACAUCUGACAACCCAGCAGCCGGGAGCAUCGACCUAGCGCACCCACUGCACGCGGUUGCCCCUGCUGCUGCUGGCAGGCUUGGCUUUGAUUGAUCUGCUCCGUCAUUCUGAUUAGCGGCCCCGCCAGCCGGAACGAAUGCACCACCUCUUUCGACAAGACAACGACGACAGACACAACACACCCAUUGUUUCGCGCCAUCCUGCUUUGCAUCUCUCAUCGGCUCCCGGCGGGUCACAUUAGCGCCUGUCGUCAAUACCACCAUGGGCAACGCAAACACAAAGGAGUCCCGCGGCGAUGACAGCGGCCGCCGUGGCCUCCACUCCGCCCUUGACGCCGGUAUAGGCUCCUCGACACAGUCUGGCAGGGAGUCAUCUAGGAGGAACCGCAACACCAGACACGAUCUCACUGGACUUUUGGGGCGCGCUGCAGGAGGCUCGAGCUCGCACGCCGAUGAGCGCCAUGAACGCAAGGAGACAAAGCAGGAGAGGGAGGCCAGGAGGCUGGAGAAGGAGCGCGUUGCCCGGCUACAAGAGCGAGAGCGGAGCAUGAAAGAGGAGCAUGUUGACGGUGGCUAUCUCGUCACCAUGGGUACCUAUGUCGGGCCUGAGGACUUUAAUAAACAGAUCGUCAGGCAGUUGAUGAUUGAGCGUAAACUUGCUCCAUUUUGGCGAGGACUAAACGACUUCGACGAGAACUGGACCGAGCCUCAAAUCAUCGCUGCCGCGCGAGGCCUGCCGAUCCCCGCUGCCGGCGAAACUCCCCCGGAUGAGUUGAUCCCACGACCGCGCUCGCCUGCUUCACCGACCGACGCGAGCUCAAAUACCAACCACCUGACAGUCCCCAUCGGCGGUCGCAGCCUCUCCACAGCUUCUGAGCAUAGCACGUCCAAUGCGGGCUCUGCGCUACCCUCUCCCGGUUCCGGCAAAGGGAGCAGUUCGCCAUUUAAGCCCACGCGAGGAAAGGCUAUUGCUGCUGUCUUGGGAGGAGGAUCUUGUCGCAAUGGUUCGAGUACAGAAAUUGCGCCCCGCGAAAUCAUGUUACCCAACGAUCCCUUUGUCAACGGACAACCCCUCGAAGUUUUCCUCUACAAGAACGCUACCGAAUGUCCGAUCUGCUUCUUGACGUACCCUCCAUACUUGAACCACACCCGCUGCUGCGACCAGCCCAUUUGCAGCGAAUGCUUCGUCCAGAUUAAGCGGCCGGAUCCCCAUUUCCCAGAGGGACACAACGAGAACGAUCCGAAUAACAAUCCCGAGGAGUCCGCGGGGCUCUUGGUAUCUGAGCCCGCUUGCUGCCCCUACUGCACGCAACCCGACUUUGGCGUCACUUAUGAGCCGCCACCAUUCCGUCGCGGUCUGACCUAUGCCAUUUCACCCCUAGCGCUCGGAAGCACAAGCGCAGCCAUGUCGUCCGAAAGUUCAGUCAAUUCAGGAUCUCUGUCUCCCGGUGUCGCUUCACCAGGUGGCCGUCGUCGCAACCAGUCAUUGUCUGCCAACGCACCGAAUGUCGUUCUGACGGAUAAAGUCCGGCCAGAAUGGGCAACCAAGUUGCAGGCCGCACGAGCACACUUGGCGAGGCGCGCUGCUGCUGCGACAGCCUUACACACAGCAGCGUUCUUGAUGAACAACAACGAGUCUCGUGCGCUUAGGAGUCGCUUCGGGCGUCGGAAUACCGGAGGCUCUGGGUCAGCAUCGGCUACUCCUGGCAACGGCGAUGAGAAUCGGGGUACCGGCCCAGCUACUCCUGCUAAUGCUGGUGCUACUGCCAAUACAGAUCGCGCCGCCGGUUCUAGUGGCAACGGAAACCGACGUAGCCGGUUGGAAGAUCUAGAAGAGAUGAUGUUCGCCGAGGCCAUUCGCUUAUCCUUGGCUGCGGAAGAGGAGCGCAAGAAGAAGGCUGAAAAGGAGGAACAGAAGGAGGCAAAGAAACGCGAAAAGGAACGGGAGAAGGCAGAAAAGAAGGCAGAGAAGGCAGCAGCCAAAGCCGCAGCGAAACAGGGCGGACCCUAUGAGGCAAGCCGCAGUGGGCACAGCUCGGCUAGUGGAAGUAGCCUGAGUCUACCUGGGCUGAGUUUCGGUAGGAAGCGUGGAAAUAGUGCUGCCAGCAACCUCCGAGUCGAAGCCAGCGUAGCCAGCGCUAUGGCAUCCACGGGUGCCGCCAUGACGACGCCAGCAGCUCCCGGAGCGCUAGCGCCAGAUUCGAGCACCAAGGACAAGGGUAAAGCCGUUGACAGAAGUGCGGGCGCAGCGAGCAAUGACGCUUCUGCUCGCCCCAUUCCGUCUCCCCAGCCGAUGGCUGGACCGUCACAUCUUCGCCAGAUGAGCAGUGCCUCGUCUGCAUCUUCGUCUGCGGUGGAAAGUAACCAGGGCAGCUAUGUGCCGCCCUCUAACCUCCAGGAUCCUCGCGGUAGCGGUCUCAGUUUAGGUGGCCGUUCUGGGGUUAGCGAAGACGGCGACGAGCAGGACAGGGACCCAAGCACCAGCACUGAGCCCAUGUUCAACUUCAGAAGUUUGGCCGAGGUGGUUGGCGUGAGCAUCGAGGGCGAGCACGCCGGCAAGCGUCUCAGUCAAAUCAAUGCCGACGGGCAAGCGAUCGAGGGAGAAGAUGAGACGGCAAAGUCUGGUGAAGGUGCUGGCGAGCAUGUAGAGCAUGUCUUGGAUUCGCAGACAACCGGUAUUUCGGAGCAGGACUCGGAGAUCAACUCGCAACCUCCCCGCUUAACUGUCACGCUCGAUUCGCCGGCGACAUCGGUCGGGGACGUCAGUACUGCCAGCGACUCGAAGCAUGUCGGCAACGAGACAACUGUGGAGCAUGCGACACAGGUCACGCUGUGAUCAGUCACUGGCAGCGAAAACAAGAGAAGCACAGAAAACAAGCACAGAAAUACAGGCUAGGAAGAGCACCCGGGAUCACAGAAACAGUCCAAAUCGCAAGAGACAAUAAGCUCUUGGUGUAGGAGUAGGAAGUGCGAAGGAAGAUUGAUCAAUUUGAGAAGGAAAAGAAGGAAGGAAGCGAAGAAGGAUGUUAGGCGUAUGGAAGAGCAACACCAUUACCAAUACCACCAUUGACUCGUCAAGUUUGUCUGUAUGUGCCAGGGAGGAGAAAGAACAUCUAGGAGGACCAAUUGAUUUUGUAUAUCCCACAACCACCUACUACCAACUUUGUUUUGCCCGCCACUGCUGUUGAACACAUUAUCCCCAAGGGUUAUUUUCGGUUCUUUUCUUACUAAACAGAUUCAACAGCACACAAAGACGAACAUAAUGAGGAGUUUCAUGGUUGCUCAUUGACCAUGGACGAAUUUAGAUUCUGGAGUCUUACCCAUGGUGACUUAACA